CACACAUUGUUAGUGUUGGGCUUUGGACAGAGAGGGUGUGACCAGUAAAACUAUAUCUCUCAGCUCCUCCAUGCCUCCCCGUAUGAUUAUAUAGAGAAACAAGGACACGCGGAGAUCCCUGCUGAAAGGAAUAUAAAAGGGUCUCAUCCGGGUGAGAACAAACAGAGACGUCCAAACAACUGCCUCCUGGGAGUUUGGUAUAAAGAAUGGCUGCAUUCAGUUAAUCCGUCCUGACCAAGCUAGCAGCUCACCUAAAAGGUUAUGCAAGCUCCUGAACGUCUCACUUUGGCACUGAAAUGACGAGUGAAAUAGAACCCAACAUAUACGUCACAUUCCCACCAAAGAAUGAUGAGCAGCCUACGGAAUCUAUUUAUGAAUCACUUCCCUAUAACAUACCAUGGAAUCCUCCACCGCCACCGCCGUACCAAGCCCAAGUACAUACUGGCCAGCUUGGAACAUCAUCAGAACUUCCAGCAAGAUCGUUAUCCUGCCAUUGCAGUAGAUGUAAAUGGGCGAUUUGCAUAAUAUUUAGCACAGCAUUGGUGCUGCCUGUAACAGUUAUGCUUCCGAUACUUCUGUCUUCGGCAAACCCAUCUUCAGGCACUACAUCUUCAACCUGCCAAAUACAGUGUGCCUAUUCUUCCAAGUGUAUCUAUGCCAACCAGAAAUGUAAUGGUAUAACAGACUGCCCUGCUGGAGAUGAUGAAGUGAAUUGCGUCACUAAAACCCCAGGUUCUCUGACCUGCCCAAUGUACUGUAGUUACACUACCAUGUGUGUCUAUGCCUACCAGAUAUGUGAUGGUGUAAGAAACUGCCCUUAUGGAGAUGAUGAAAUGAAUUGUGCCUCUAAAACAACAACCCCAAGUACACCAGUCUGCCCGAUGUACUGUAGCUUCACGUACAUGUGUAUCUAUGCCUACCAGAUAUGUAAUGGUGUACGGGAUUGCCAUUUUGGAGACGAUGAAAGAAAUUGUGCCACUACAACCCCAAGCACACCAACCUGCCCGAUGUACUGUAGCUACACACACACAUGUAUCCAUGCCUACCAGAUAUGUAAUGGUAUAAAAGACUGCUUUUUUGGAGAUGAUGAAAGAAAUUGUGCCACUACAACCCCAAGCACACUGACCUGCCCGAUGUACUGUAGCUACACACACACAUGUAUCCAUGCCUACCAGAUAUGUAAUGGUAUAAAAGAAUGCCUUCUUGGAGAUGAUGAAAGAAAUUGUGUUAAAACACCAUCACUACCAGUUUAUUGUGAAAAGAGAUGCGGCUCAUCAGUAAGUUGUGUCCGGUCUUCCCAAUGGUGUGAUGGGGUGUCCCAGUGCCCUAAUGGGGAAGAUGAAAUGUCCUGUGUGCGAUUAUAUGGAGCAGACUCCCAACUGCAGGUCUAUUCUACAUUAAAGUCAGCAUGGCUGCCUGUGUGCGCUGAUAACUGGACUGAUGUCUAUGGGAGGUUUGCCUGCCAGGACUUUGGAUACAACAGGAGCAGCUAUAAUGGAUAUGAUACUCUGAGCUCCACAUACUCCCCAAAUGGAUAUUUCCAGUUAAAAAAUGGAAACUGGACCAGCAAAUUCUAUACAAGUGUUUGGAACAGUUCUUCCUGUGUGUCGGGAAAUGUGGUCUCAUUACGCUGCAUAAGUUGCGGUGUAUCACAUAACAGUGUAACCAGCCGAAUAGUAGGGGGGACUAGUGCUGCAUCUGGAAACUGGCCGUGGCAAGUCAGUCUACAGGAUGAAACAGGAUUUAUGUGCGGCGGGUCCAUCAUUUCCCCCAAGUGGAUAGUGACUGCAGCUCAUUGUGUAUAUGGGUUAUAUCAAUCCUCUGCAUGGCGGGUUUUUGCUGGGGUACUGAGCUUGCCAAGAUUCAAUGACACCAACAGCUAUUUAGUGGAAAGAAUAAUUGCGCACCCUGGUUUUAAUCUUGCCAGUAGAGAUAAUGAUAUCGCCCUAAUGAAACUUACAGAAGAAAUAACAUUUGACGAUAAAGCUCAGCCAGUGUGCUUACCCAAUGCUGGGAUGUUCUGGGAGGCCGGCACGCCAUGUUGGAUAUCUGGUUGGGGUACCACUUCUGAAGGAGGUAACGUUUCUGCUUCUCUGAAGUAUGCUGAAGUUCCACUGAUUGACUCGAAAACGUGCAAUGAAUCGCUUGUGUACAAUGGGACGAUUACGUCUUCCAUGAUAUGUGCUGGCUAUCUUAAUGGGACCAUAGAUACAUGCAAGGGGGACAGCGGGGGACCUUUAGUGACGCAAACAAAUGGCACUUGGUGGCUUGUUGGUGACACCAGCUGGGGAUAUGGCUGUGCCCGAGCCAAUAAACCUGGUGUAUAUGGGAAUAUGACAACAUUCUUGGGAUGGAUAUAUUUACAGAUGAGGACUUACAGCUGAUUGGUUCUACUCAUGAUGUUAUUCCGAUGAUGCAGAAAUAAUGAGUGGACACAGCUGACAACUCACUACAAAGGGUUAAUCUGCCCAUUGGUGCCUUGAUGCUUGGGAUUGUUGGUCAAACUAAAAUAAUGUUUGCUGAAUAACGUCCCCUGGGUAUAGACAGAAAUAAAAAAUAAGGACAUUUUAGGCCACACCCCUACUCACAUGGCUACACCCACACAAUAUGACUAAAGCCCACACUCAUUUUUGUGGGCCUCUUUUUUGAAGGUUCCCAGUUCAGGACUGCUUUACCCUGGCACAGUUUUUGCACAGAGAGCGAGAGAAUCACAUGGACCCCUUUGGGAACAUAUAAAAGCACAAAGCACUUUAUCACUUUAUAUAAAAGAGCUAUGUUAAAUGUGUCCAAUGUGUAGCCCUACAGCUAUUGUAGAACUGCAACUUUUCCAGGCCCCCGCUUCUGUUACUCCAGGCCUGCUAUCUCCAGGGGGUUUGACCAAUGAAGGUUCGUGUGGACUUACAGAACAUUAAAAUUCAUUUUUUUCCUACAAACAAAUAUUAA